AUGCUUCUUCGGAAUUUGUCGCCUCCGAAGUUAUGCAACGGAACCCGGUUAAAGGUAGUGCAGCUGCAGGGAAACCUCAUUGAGGCGCAGAUCCUGACGGGGUGCGGCGCCGGAGAAGCCGUAUUCAUCCCGCGCAUCCCCCUCAUUCCGAACAACGUCCCGUUCCACUUCAAGCGUCUACAGUUCCCCGUGAGCGUCUGCUUCGCCAUGACGAUCAACAAGUCGCAGGGGGAGACGCUGCGCGCCGCCGGCGUGGACCUGCGCACGGGUUGCUUCUCGCACGGGCAGCUCUACGUGGCGUGCUCGCGCGUCAUUAGCUGCACGGAGCUGUUCGUGCUAAUGCCCGCCGGGGAGACUCACAAUGUGGUUUACAAGGAAGUAUUGUAA